AUGUGGCGGCGUAGAUACUUAGAAUUUCAAGUUGAUGAUUGGGUUUUCUUAGAGGUUUCACCUAUGAAAAGUGUGAUAAGAUUUGGAAAGAAAUGGAAACUUAGUCCCAGAUAUAUUGGACCAUACAAAAUACUACGAAGGACUGGUCAAGUGGAUUAUGAGCUUGCAUUGCCACAAGAAUUGGUUAUUGUACACCUAGUGUUUCAUGUAUUCAUGUUGACAAAGUGUGUGAGAUACCCGUCGUUCGUUGUUCCUACUGACACUAUAAUGGUUAAAGAUGGCCUAACCUAUAAGGAGACCCCUAUAGCUAUUCUUGAUCGUCAAGUUCGCAAGUUGAGAAUAAGGAAAUAUCCUCAGCAAAAGUGCUAUGGAGGAGUCAGAAAGUCGAAGAGGCAAUAUGGGAAGUCGAAAAGGCAAUAUGGGAAGCCGAAGAAGACAUGA